CAUCAGGCACUACACGGACAACACCGUCUUUGUCCUUCAUCGACAACAAUGGAGCGUUCCUGGCUCCAGGAGCAAGCCUCCCGGAGCAAGUUCGACGGCUAUCGAGAUAACCAGCCGUUCUCGAACGUCAAGAUCACCGCGGCACCGGCGCCGACAGCCUGCAGCCCCGCCCCCGAGGCGGGGCGGAACGGCGAUGUCGUCUACGACCCGCAGGACGCCUCCGCCGACUGGUCGGGCUUCGCUCCUCGACAUACCGCUGGCCGCCGAAUGCACCACACCGGGCUAGCUGCUGCUCACAGAGAAACGAUAGUCCGGUCGGAGGAGCACGGAAUAGUCCCGGCAGCCGACACCGUCACCGAGGACUCCGUGAAGACGCGCAGGAGGGCUGUCGCCCGCCCACCACGGGCCGGGGAGGGUUUGGUGCUCGCAGGACCCGGGGCGCCAGAGCCACGUGAGAGGUUCACCACGGUGGCUCGCGCGGCCAACGAGCGGGAGUCCACUCCUUUGGACAUGAAGAGCGAGGAGUUCAGGUAUCAGAAGAACGCCGGCAAGAAACACAUCAUCCCACCAUACGAGCGGACGGGAGGUGCGACGACGACGACGAUACAGGGGGCGGCGCGAUCGGGAUGCGGGGGCGGGAGACAACAACCAGACGGAGGAAGCGGAGGCCCUUCGCUGCAGAGCCGCCCCCCUUUCCCUUCCGGUCCUGGGCAAGGUCCCCACGAUCCUUCCGGCGGCGGCAGGGCGAGGCCGGUCGGUCCAGGGUCUUUUCUGGAGGGGCUGGGGCGCCAGGUUGCGGAAUCCGGCACCGCCGGUGGCGUUGUGUUUCCCCUCGGUACUAGAAGAAGAGAAAGAGGCGCUGAGGCCGGGGAAGGGGCUGCUGCGGCAACGGCGGAGCUCCGGGAGGAGGCUAGCCGAAGGAAGGAGUUGUACGCGGCGAACUACAAUUCGUACACGCCUGGGUACACCGGCCACCGACGGCGCUGAAGGUCUUAUCCUAUCCUGCUGCGGUGGGACGGACCUUUCUUGCUGCGGGCAUGGCCUUGUCACGACAAGCGUUGCUCUUGGCUUCUUGUUUUCAAUUUGUUCUGUUGGUCGACUCGAAGGAAGCCUGAGCCGAAGAAUAAAUCGUCACACCACCUGUUUUUUGCCUGGGGGAAACCUUCGGCCAUGUGCCAGUUUGUUUCCAGAUUUUGUGGUGGGGUGGUGGGAACGCUUCGAGGACGCUGUCAUGCCUUUUGCCAUACUCCGCUGCGCACGUGUGGUGAUGUGUGGCGCAUCGUGUUGCGUCCAUCUACGCACAGAGUAACGUUGCCGUUGGUGAGCACCGAUGCGAUUCGUGCGCAUCGAGGGAUGUGACAAAGGAAGGCAUAACGUGGAACCAAAAUAUGCCAAGUGGGCUACAGCAAGUGGC